AUUAAAUCCAAACCCAUCCCCUCAAUUGAGUCAAAUCCAAAAGGGACCGUCUUCUUCUCUAAACUCAUUUGACUGAAAAACCAAUAAAUACCAUUUUAUCCCAAAAAAUGGAAGCUUUAGUAUGCAGGAAGCUAGGCGAUCCAACAAUCCAACCAGACUCAUCAGAAACAACCUCGUUAACUGUUUCAAAAACACACCCAAUCCCAAAACUCAACACCCCAUCUUCUGUCUUGAUUAGAGUUAAAGCCACCAGCUUAAACUAUGCCAAUUUCCUUCAAAUUCUUGGCAAAUACCAAGAAAAAUUCGAUUUGCCUUUCGUUCCGGGUUCCGAUUAUUCCGGCAUAGUUCAAUCCGUUGGACCCAAAGUUACCAAAUUUAAAGUGGGUGAUCCAGUUUGUUCUUUUGCUGGUGUUGGUUCUUUUGCCCAGUUCAUUGUUGCUGAUGAAAAAGAUUUGUAUGGAGUUCCGGAAGGGUGUGAUCUGGUGGCUGCAGGUGCACUUCCAGUUGCUUAUGGAACUUCUCAUGUGGCAUUGGUUCAUAGGGCUAAUCUUAAAGCUGGUCAGGUGUUACUAGUUCUUGGUGCAGCUGGAGGUGUUGGUCUUGCAGCUGUUCAAAUCGGAAAGGUUUGUGGUGCCACUGUUAUUGCUGUCGCUAGAGGAGCGGAGAAAGUAAAUUUUUUGAAGUCAAUGGGUGUCGAUCAUGUUGUUGAUUUGAAGGAAGGAGGUGUUAUUGAAAGUGUAAAAGCCUUUUUAAAAACAAGAAAGCUUAAAGGGGUUGAUGUUUUGUAUGAUCCGGUUGGAGGCAAGCUUACUAAAGAAAGCAUGAAGUUGUUAAAUUGGGGAGCACAAAUUUUAGUUAUAGGUUUUGCGAGUGGUGAGGUCCCUGUUAUACCUGCUAAUAUUGCUCUUGUGAAGAAUUGGACAAUUCAUGGACUCUACUGGGGGAGCUAUAAAGUGAAUAAUCCAAGUGUACUUGAAGACUCUUUGAAGGAACUGCUAUCUUGGUUGGCAAAAGGCUUAAUUACAGUCUACAUUUCUGAAUCAUACAAAGUGCAACAGGCCAAUCUUGCAUUUUUAGACAUCAGGGACAGGAAAGUAAUCGGGAAGGUGAUGAUCACAUUUGAUGAUCCCAAAGCCAUAGCUUCUUCUAGGCUGUAGACCGACACUCUGUAUCAAUAGCAAUAUGGUGCAGUAACUCGGUAAGUACCAAAACUUAUACAAACUCUCCAUAAAAUGCAAUAAUAUCAGCAGCUUAAGCAUAAAUGAUGUAUUGACCUUAAAUGAGGUGUGGUGUUAGUAAUAAAUUUCGAUGUUAUGAUGUGUA